GUUAAAAAUGGGUUAUUUUUAUCCCAUUUAAAAUUCAAUGUCUCUUUAUAUUAUGAAACAAGGAAGUGAUUGUGUAUUUCUUUUAUAUGUGUGCCCAUACAUGUGCAUGUAUCUCCAUCAUGCAUGCGGCUACUUUCAUCUCGUGGAUACUUUUGAUACUUGUUAUUGGUGGGAACUAUGGUAAACAACAACUGCCUCCUGUUAUACUAGUUCCUGGAGAUGGGGGCACUCGAAUAGAAGGAAAAUUAAGCAAACCAUCGCAUGGUCCGCAUAUUACAUGUACCAAAGUGACGAAGCAUUAUUACACGAUGUGGGUACGAAUAUUUAGUGUCCUGACUCCAACAGCAACGGAUUGCUUUAUUGCAAACUUCAGAUUAAUAUAUAACAACAAGACACACACAACCAGUUAUCCUGAUGGUGUUGACAUACGGGUACCUGGAUUUGGAAAUACAGAAAGUGUCGAGUGGCUAACCGACAUUCAUAUUUCAAAGAAACUAGUUGGUUACUAUGCAAUGAUAGUGCAUAACAUGGUUAAAUGGGGUUACGUACGAAAUAAAACUGUACGUGGGGCUCCAUAUGACUUCAGAAAAGCACCAAAUGAAAUGAGUGGUUAUUAUUUACAACUUACAAAGCUGAUAGAAGAAACAUACACCAUAAAUAACAACAGUAAAGUUGUGCUUUUAGGUCACAGUUUAGGUAACCUUGUGAUACUCUAUUUUCUUAACAAGAAACCCCAGGAAUGGAAGGACAAAUUCAUUGGAUCUUUCGUCACUUUAGCUGCGCCAUGGGGAGGUAGUGUCAAAACUGUGAAGAUGCAGGCUUCUGGUGACGAUAUGAAUAUUGCGACAGUAAAGGCUCUAAGGGCUCGUUCAGUUCAACGGUCAAUGCCAAGUUCUGCUUUUCUUCUGCCAUCAGAUCAGUUUUGGAAUAAAACUGAAGUUCUGAUUCAGGCACCGACAAGAAAUUACACAGUGGGUGAUUAUAAACAGUUUUUCACAGAUAUAAAUUUUCCUGAUGGAUAUCUGAUGAGAAAAGACACCGAGAACUUAGUGAAUCCCAUGAAGCCUCCAAAUGUCGAGGUUCACUGCUUGUACAGCUAUGGGUUACCAACUGCCAAAACUUUGGUAUACACAAAAGAUGAGUGGCCAGACAAACAACCAAAGCCAAUAAAUGAAGAUGGCGACCAUACAGUUUCUUUGCGAAGUUUAGAGGGUUGCCUACGUUGGAAAACACUUCAGAAACAGCCUAUUUAUUUGAAACGCUUUCAUGGAAUUAAACAUCUAGAUAUGCUGAAAGAGGAUGUAGUGAUAGACUACAUCAAAAGCAUUUUGGUCAAAUAGUUUAUAUUUAGAAUAAAAACUGUUAACACAGA